AUGAAGAUAUCUCAGAAAUCAAGGAGGGCGGUUUCUCCGCACCCUCAAGUAGCAGAGCUUGUCACAAAGCUCGUAAACACCCCAAACGAUGAUCUUGCCGACGUUUUGGCUGAUAUUGACUCCUGGAAAUGGCCGCGAUCCGAUCUCAAUGCUUGGACUAAGGUCCUUGAUAAGUUCGAUGUUAUCCUAGAGGAAGCCAUCCGGGACUACGAAGUGGACAAGUUGCAGAUAAACGUGUUCACUCCAGCGACGAAGAAAACUAUAAGCUAUAUUCUCAGGUUUGAGAGGCUUCUUUUGGAGAACUCCACCAAUCGCAAAACCUUCAACUCCUAUGAUAGGCUUAAUUCCCUACUGUUCACAUCAGAUCUUGACGUGCUCACGCUAGCACUGAGUCUUCUCCUUCGCCCCGCACAACAAUACUCCGCACAGCCCGCGGUAUCAACAGCCCUUAGCAUAUCCACACCCCGUUUGCUCUCCCUCUCCAAGCGGUGGCCUCACAUCCAUGAACACGGCAUAAGCUUGCUGGAUCUUGUCGAUGCUCUGCCUGCCGAAGCUCGUGAUAAGGAGAAGGGACAGGGGAAGGAAACCGAUCACAGUGAAGCCACGUUGUCCAGUCCUCGCAAACUCUCCGUUCCACCCUCGACUUCGCAUUCAUAUGCGUCUACCAUUCAUAUUGACGAAGAGACCCUGAAGAACAAGGCAGUCAUGGAGAUCAUGGCAGAUGUAUUGGAGACGCACCCACUGAAUAACGAUGACAAGUUCGAACUCCUUUGUCGCGUUCGAUCCGCCAAGGCACUUGCCAGCGGCAACGAGAUCAUGAGAGAGGAGCUUGUUGUCAUACGACUAAUUUGCAUCGCCAUAUAUGGCCAUACGCACAGCGAGAGUCAAGCAUCUUCAACACUUUUCCUGUAUGAGCCAGAUCUCACUACGCACAUCGCGGAACUACUCCAGUUGGAUCGUGGGGUAUCGAUACCUGUGCAGACAGCGGCUAUCUCAGCACUGGACUCGAUCGCUAGGUACCGAGGAAAAGUGACGGAGGUGUUGGGCGCCGUCAAUGCCGGUGUCAACCAUGGAAUCAUCAUGGCGCUUCUGCGAAAAACUAUCUUGGAGGUUAACAAUCCGGAGAGCAGAAUUUCAGCUACCUUCGUCGAGUCUCUUCUUUCAUUUGUGACCUACCUUGCGCAACAUAUCAAUGGGGGAAAUAUGCUUGUUAGCGCAGGCCUGGUUCCCUUACUGGUUCAGAUCAUGGAGAAUAGGCUGGCUCAGAGACUCCAGAUGGUCUCGAAGGCUAUGCAAUUGGUGGAUAACAUCCUCUACGCUUUCUCAAAUGCGUUCCAGGUGUUUUCAAACUCCCGUGGGGUCGAAGUCUUGGUAGCUAGGAUCCAGCACGAGGUCGACUUUGAUAUCACGAUGUACGGAAAUGAGCGCUCCAGGGACCUGUUUGGUUCGUACGUCACAGGACAACUUCCGGUUCCAAGGGCCGCCGUACUUAAACACACGUUGCGCUCCAUACAUCGCAUGAUGCAGUCGACGGGUACAUCUGAAGGGUUGCGCGGCCUGAUUGAUUCCACCCUGCCACAAUCAAUCAAGAAGAUCAUGGAGUACCGUGGCCUCUUUGGUCCCAAUCUUCUGCCUCUUGCUAUGAACAUAAUGGCAACGUUUAUUCAUAAUGAGCCGACGUCGCUUGCGACGAUUCAAGAAGCAGGCUUGCCUCAGGUGUUCUAUAAGGUGAUCGAAGCAGGUUUGGAACCUGUCAUUGAACUCAUCCAAGCCAUUCCAAAUGCAAUCGGGGCGCUCUGUCUCAAUCAGGUCGGUCAGGAUCAGCUUGCAACUCGCCCAAGUGUCAUACCUGGCAUUAUCUCAAUCUUCACUUCCGAGAGCCAUAUCAAGGUCCUUCGUGAAAAGGAAAACGCCGUACUAAUGGGCACCGCCAUUGACGAGUUGAUCCGCCACCAUCCAACGCUCAAAACUCCUAUUUUUGAUGCCGUCAAGUCUGCUCUGAGUAAAAUCGAGGAUCUUGGAAAUACUUUUGUGAUCCCUGCGGACAAGAAAGAGUGGUAUGGUCUCAUGCUCGCCUCGCAAACUACGGACAAGGACGAUAAAGACGACAAGAGCGAUGUCAUCCCGAUGGAUGUUAUGGAAAGUGACGCUCGUUCUGACGCUCAAGAGGACACGUCUGACGACGACUCGCUGAGGAGUCAUGACAACAACGUAGUUCUUUAUGUUGAUGUCUUGUGCAGAUUUCUUGAGGGUCUGUUCCAACAUACGCAACAUUGCAGAGAUUUCAUCAGGAAUGUUGAGGGUCUCGAGCGUAUUGGCAGGCUCACUGCGUUGCCAUGCCUUCCAUAUGAUUAUGCGAAUAGUGUUGCUUCAGACUCGCUAGUACAAGUUAUCCGGACGAUGGCGGACGUAGGACCCAAUGAGGCACUUCACCAUCUUUCGAAACUCGUGGAGAAUUCCCUCUCCGACUCUCAGAGUUUUUGGGCGACUCCUCAGUCCCAUUCCAAGUUGGCGCCGUUCGUUGAUCUUUCAGUGGAACAGGAAAGUGCAGCAAAUCAACAAUUCCGGAGCCUGGUGACCCUUCACAUCCGCAUCACUGUCUUGGCUGAUGUUUUCUCCACUGCUGGCUAUGCACACGGAAGGUCUGCAAUCGGACUUCUUCAGACUCUCAUGAGCGAUCCGCCGAAAGUCGUCAAAGAGCUAGGUGCUCUCCACCGUGCAUCGGUGUGGGAGAACAUCUUGUUCAAAGCCGACAUAGUGGCCAAGGGGAUGGAGGUGGGUCCGAGCAGUCAGGGAUCUCCCCUGGGGAGGUCACCUAGCCAUGGUUCAAUACCUCUCCCCGAACCCAAUGUUGGCGUUAUUGCCAACGGUGUUCAGCCGGGAUCGGCGCCUAUACCCGCGCAGUCAUCGUCGCCUGCAUCACCGAAGAUAGACACACCGCGAGAGAAAAAUGCCAAGGCUCUCAAGCAUCUAACACAUGGUCUUCCAAGCGCUUUGGCCCCCUUUUUCCAAGCCAUCGUAAAGUUGUUCUAUGCGAGACGAAAUCCUGAUACAACCCAAAAGAAGCAGAUUCUAUCUGCAUCAGCCACUAUUGCAGAGAUCAUGGUGGAGCAUCUAAAGUACGAGGUUGAAGGCGAUCGAGUCUGUUGCCUAGACUAUCACAGCGUCAUGUUGGGACUUGUAACGAUCCUAGUUGUAGACGAGCGGACGAUGAAUCCCACUCUUCACACCGUGCUGCUUCUUGCUUUUCAGCGUGCAAAGGGCUUGGAAGCCAUUUUCAGGAUCUGCAAGUACUUCACUGAGUUGGUCGAUGGCGUAACAGCAGUGAAACCCGAAGAUCGAACGGAGACUAUGCAGCAGGAACUUGCUCAUGCUCAGGGAGGGCUGAAGGUUGCAUUGAAUCUCUUGCACCCAUUACUUUCUUCAAAGCCGCUCAUCGAGUCCGGCCAAACGUCACUAGUCACAACUCGGGAGAAGAAAGAUACGGAAUCCGAUUAUUUUGAGCCUCACCAUUUCCUUGUCGGGCUUCGCCUCGAGAGCAUACCCCUACUGCGUAGUAUCUGGGAGGCUUCUUGGCUUCGUUCAUCCCCUUUGACGUUGGUCAGGUCGGUUGUUCAGAUUAUGCUCGAGGUGGUGGCAGGUGAGAAUGAAGAGCUCAAGGGGGAUCCUUCCCAAGAAGGUCUCAAUAGCGGAACUGGCCCUCCUGUUGGCAGCGGCUUUCAUAUUAGAACCGCUGGGCCAGAUGAAAAUCGCAUCCGCCAGCUCACUGAUAUGGGAUUCCCUCGCUCUGCCGCCGAACGCGCUCUUGCCCGCACUCAUAAUAAUGUCAAUGCCGCGACCGAACUACUCUUGAGCCAGCCUUACCCAUUUCCCCCUGACCCACAGCCAAACGGAUCUACCGCGGAACAAGAUGAAACAGGUGCGGAUGGAGGUGACGAGGAUCCCUCUGAUGAGGAGAUGGAUGUUGAGGAUGCUGCCCCGCCCGCUCCUCCAGCCGAGUCUACCCCACCCCCCCAAACGACUAGUGAAGAGCAAGGGAAGGGCCUCGAAGAAUUACGGAAAGAUCUCGACGAAGCAAGAGAGAGUUUGAAGAAAGAGCUGCCUCGAAAGGCCUUGCAACUGGUUGAUGAACACCCUUCGUUAAUAUUUGAGCCACUGGCUGCUAGAUGUCGGUUACUUGCAAUAGUUCUCUCGGAGUCCCCAACGCUCCCACAAGCCCUUGCACAAAGCUUGAUGGACACCCUUUUAGCUCUGCUCCUGUCGAAUUCUGCCCGCGGAGCUUCAUCUCAUCCAAAGUGGCUGGCUUCCCACCUCCUUGUAACGGAGGCUUUGUUCACCAUCGGCGAACAGCCCUUUACUGUCGCUGUGCCGAAAGAAAAUGAACCUGUGACCACUCCUAGCAUUUCUACUGGCCCAGCAUAUACCGAUGCACGACCCAUUAUAUUCGAUUUCUGCCUCCGGUUAUUAGCUGGUCCCGACCUCCCCAGGGAUGAGCUACUGUCCACACUGCGUCUGCUGGUCUUACUCACAAGGGACCACGGCACAGCAUCUGAACUCAUCAAGCGCGAUGGACUUCCGCAUAUCUUUUCACAUCUCAAAGGAUCUGCUGUUCCUGGUGGUCAAUCUUAUGCGGUGAUCAUACUUCGCCACAUCGCUGAGGGGUUAUCUGUGCUUCAACACAUCAUGAAGCAAGAAAUCAAGCGGAUAUUCUCUCAACCACGGACAAGGAUAAUUGAUGUCUCAGGAUACAUGCGCAAUUGCAGUGCAAUGGCUCUCAGAGAUCCCUCUGCAUUCAUCCAGGUAACUCAGGACCUCUGCCAGCUUCAGCAACCUUUCUCCGUUGUCCAUCAUAUUACCCUUAAGCCCGGGACUCCGCAGUCGAGCGCGAACAUUGGCGCCACAGAGCGUAACGACAUGCAGAUUGACCAACCAGCAUCACCGGAGGUUCAUGGGCCUGACACGGAGGCUUUGGAGACAAUGGUACAUUUUCUCAUAAGCGAGUUGAUGAAGAACGUGCGUUCUCCCUCUGAUAAUGAUGUCAUAACGAAGCGCGAAGAUGCAACACAGAGCGCCUCCGAGAGCGUUGACGAUCUAAACGAUCAAGACCGACAUUCGUACUGUUGCUUCAUUAUGCAAUGCCUCACUGAAUUGCUUUUUUCCUACGAUGCCUGCAAACUCGCGUUCUUAUCCUAUUCUCCGAAAAAGAAAAUGUCAACUCCUGCCAAAGAUCCCGCUACCAAACAUCGCACAGCUGUCCUCCAGUUCUUCCUUUCUGACCUCAUAACCUUUAAAACCAUUGCUUCCCAGCCAUAUGCGAAGGUGAACCAGGCCUUCUCUCUUUGUACUUGCGCAAUGUCCGUACUUGUGGCUCUCUGCGUCGACAGCUCUGCAGGGGUGGAAUCCAAGGAUGUUUCCACGGACUUGAUCUCAGUCCGCAAAUUCACCCUAGAGGCCAUCAGUCGCGCCAUCAAAGAGUUCACGUUGCAAGACACUGUGGAUGCGAGAUACGGGCACCUUCUCGCUUUGGCGGAUCUAUGCAACCGACUUCUUACUGUACGCUUCAACAACGGUAGCCGCAAAUCGCAGGACGAGAGUACAACGCACAUUGCGAAGAUCAUGUUGGAAAAGAAUUUUGUCUCAAUCUUGACCAGUGCACUAGCUGAAGUUGACCUGAACUACCCCAAUGUCCGUGGUCUCGUAGCAUCGAUCCUUAGGCCAAUGGAAAAUCUCACACGGAUUGCCAUCAAGAUGAGUCGCGCAACUGAAAAGGCCAAAGACGGUGGCGAUGGAAAGGUCUCCCAAAGCGUAAUAUCCGAAGACGAGGAUGAAGACGAGAACAUUGACGUGGAUGACGACGAUCGAGAAGAGACUCCCGAUCUGUAUAGAACUUCUGCUUUAGGCAUGUUCGGAGGCGAGAUGGAAGAUAUCAAUUAUGCACAAGAGGAUGAAAUGGCCGAAGGAGACGAGGACGAAGACGAAGACGUUGAGAUGGAGUAUGCCGAUGAAACUGAUAGUGCAGCGACGUCGGAUUCCGAGGAUGAAUUGGAAGGUGGCGGGAAUGAUGACGACGACGAAGACAGCAACGGAGGUGAAUGGCAUGACGAAGACGAAGAAAUGGACGAUGAGGACGGCGAGGAUGACGAUGAUCCCGCGGCCGGUGAAGAGGUAGAUGAAGAAGAGAUCAUGUGGCAGGAUAUCGGGGGAGGAGAUGACGAAGAUGACGAAGUUGCUGAUGAAGAGGAGGAAGAGGAGGACGAGGAAGAGGACGAACACGGAGAACCAGUUGCCGUCAUUCAUGCAGAUCAAGGAGAGGAACCUGAUAUAUUAUCAGAUGACGAAGAGCAAGUCACCUUGCAUCGCUAUGAUGCUGUUGCUCACCCAUCGUUCAGUUUCCAUGAUGAAAUGGGUGUCAUUGGUGUGCAAGGCAUCAUCCAAGACGGGGGAUUCAGAUUCACCGGUGCUGUUGACCUCGAGGGUGAAGAGUCUGAUGGCAGGGAUCCCUUCGUUCGCAGGCGCCGUAACACGGGCGAGGACGUGCAAGUAUUCGGUCGCCCCCGGCAUGUGCCAGCUGCGCCACCAGAAGCUACUAUUCACCCCCUUCUUCUGGACGCCUCCGCAGCGACGAACCGUCCUGUUGGCUUGACUCGCGUGGCUCGCCGCUCCCACAGGGGCGCAGCUGGGGGCGUUCAGCAUGAUCUCAUACACUCUAUCGAAGACAUUAUUGGGGGCGAUGCAGGUCAUAUCUUUCAAACAAUCAUAGACCGUCAUGGCCCAGAAGCCAUAAGAGUGGACGUCGCUCCUGGUGCCAUGGUGGACGGCCGAGGAUUCCUUGGCCGAAGGGGCGCUGCCCUAUUUACUGGGGUCAGAGUCGACGGUGUGCGGGUGGAUCGUGUAUCUCGGCCAAGCGAUUCCCGUGGCGAUUCCCACGCGUUUGAUCCCUUGUUGACAAUGCAAAGGUGGACUGAAGAAGCCAAGACGUUGAAUGGUAAACACGUUUCCGAAAGAGCAAAUAGGCUGGGCAACCAUGUCGUUAUAGCGUUGCUCCCGGCCGCCAUCGAGGCCUCACAACAGAGGGAACAGCAGAAGCGUCAAGCUCAGAUCAAAGCAGAAGAAGAAGCGGAAGCGCGCCAAUUGGAGGCCGAUCACACUGGGACAGAGGAGGCUGCAACUUCUAGCGUGGUGGCCUCUCAUGCAAUUCCGGAAAAUGUUGCGAAUGCACAACCCGAGCCUCUCGCAUCUGAUCCACCACCUCUGACCACCAUUGCUUCGAAUUCUGAUGUAGAGAUGGAUGAUAUACGCGUGCCCGCUUCGCGUUCUGACGAGCAUGUCGCCGUUCCAGCUCCAGAAGCCUCUUCCUCAGAAGUGUCCGCUGUGGGAGAAAUGCCAGGGCCUUCUCAACCUGCUCCCUCUGAGCGUGUUAUUGUGAUGAUCCAUGGUAACGAGGUGGAUAUCACUGACAUGGGCAUUGAUCCGACUUUCCUUGACGCCUUACCUGACGAUAUACGGGAAGAGGUUAUCAACCAGCAUGUACGAGACCAACGCGCAGCAAGGGUCGAGCGCCCUGCCGACUCCCAGAUCAGUCCAGAGUUUCUUGAUGCCUUGCCACCGGAAAUUAGAGCCGAACUCAUCCAACAAGAAAGGAUAGAGCAGUCCAGACAUGCUCCAGCGCCUGCAGCCGCGCAAGGCCCUCCGGGAGUUGCAGCGGAUAUUGAUCCGGCAAGCUUUAUUGCAAGUUUGGAUCCACAGCUCCGACAAGUCGUUCUGAUGGAUUCUGACGAUGGUUUGUUGCAAACUCUACCAUCUUACAUGAUUGCGGAAGCUGGCGUUUACCGCGACGAGGCAAAUGGAUCUCGAGGCGGUAUUGCUGCUCGAGCUCUCAGAACUGCUGCUGUUCAACGCCCUGUCCCACCUCGCAAAGUCCCUCCCCCGCGCGACGCUAUUCAGCUUCUCGAUAAGACUGGGGUAGCGACGCUCGUUCGCCUACUCUUCUUCCCUCACAUUCUGAAGAAGAAUAUGCUUUUCAAGAUCUUGGUCAAUAUCUGCGAAAACAGCAAAACCCGUUCUGAGCUGUUCAAUCUUCUUCUCAGUAUUCUUCAAAGUGGCCCAGGGGACCUUGCUGCUGUGGACAAGAGCUUCGCGCAAAUGACAACUCGUACUCCAAAAUCUGCGGUGCUCCAGACACCUAAGGCCGCUGCCAAGGUGAAAACAGCAGCGGACCUCAGCACACCAGUGGCGAUUGGCGGCUUUCAGAUCGAAACAGUCCCAGAUCUCGUCGUACAGCGUUGCUUAGAAGCCAUGACCUACAUCGUCAGUUCAAAUGAACAGUCGUCGCUAUUCUUCUUGACCGAACAUGAACUCCCGGCCAGUUUGAGGAAGAUGCCUUCCAGGAAGGGUAAAGGCAAAGAGAAACCAAUGCCCCAGACACAUUUCCCAAUUGUACUACUCCUUGGUCUUCUUGAUCGUCAAUCACUCCUCAAAACACCCUCAACAAUGGAUUCCGUCGUGACGCUCUUGUCGACGGUCACAAAACCUCUGACCAGUCUUAAAUCGGAUAAGAAGGAGCAGUCAAAUGACGUUGCGCCAGAGACUUCCACUUCUGCGGCACCUGCUGCACCUGCACCGACUACCUCUGAGGAUGCUGGGGCCCACGAAUCAACUGCAGCGUCAGCUGAACCUCCUAAGCCUGAUGUCCCAGCAGAAGCGCAGACAGAUGUGAAACCCUUACUUGUUGUCCCCCCGCAAAUCCCCCAUUCCGUGUUACGUUUGAUCGUGAACAUUCUUGCGGUCGGAGAAUGUUCAUCGCGCACCUUCCAACAGUCUCUUGCCCUGAUACAAAAUCUCUCUUACAUUCCUGACGCGCGCGAUGUCAUCGCGCAGGAGCUUAAAACAAAGGCGCAGGAUUGUGGACACGCCAUUCUUGCAGACCUGGGCGAUCUCGUGAAUGCCUUGACGAGUUCACGCGAUGAUGUCUUGGCAUCCUCCGUUGCACCGAAAUUCUCGUCACCAUCAUCAGACCAGACGAAGCUUCUACGGGUCCUCAAGACCAUUGACUAUAUGUAUACGCCUCGCAUGGUUGGUCCCGUGACGGACGAGACUCGGAAAAGUGAAGAUGCUGAGAAGGUGCAGACUAUCUACGAAUCCUUCCAUUUUGCACCUCUUUGGAGACGCCUAGGAGAUUGUCUAUCUACGAUUGAAGAGAAGCCGGAGCUGGAGCACAUGGCGAUUGUACUGCUCCCUCUGAUCGAGGCACUGAUGGUAGUGUGCAAAUACGUCGGAUCAAAGUCAGCCGCGGCUCGUACCCUUCGAGCGGCAGCAUCUCCUCGCUCUCCAACGACUUCUCGGGAGAGUAUGGAAGACCUUUUCGUGUCCUUUACGGAUGCGCACCGCAAAGUGCUAAAUCUCAUGGUCCGCAACAAUCCGUCUUUGAUGAGCGGCUCAUUCUCCUUGCUGGUACAUAACCCCCGUGUCCUUGACUUCGACAACAAGCGAAAUUAUUUCACUCAGCAACUCCACCGUCGCCCGCACCCCCGUGAACACCAGGGCACGCUCCAGCUAAACGUACGCCGAGCCAGAGUGUUCGAGGAUAGUUUCCAGUACCUUCAGCGCAAGACGGGAGAACAGAUCAAGCAUGGCAAACUCAGCGUGCGCUUCUAUGACGAGGAGGGUGUGGAUGCUGGCGGCGUUACUAGAGAAUGGUUCCAGAUCUUGGCACGUCAGAUGUUCGAUCCUAAUAAUGCUCUCUUCCAACCUUGCGCGGCCGACCGUCUCACUUACCAGCCUAACAAGAACUCAUGGGUCAAUCCCGAGCAUUUGUCUUUCUUUAAAUUUGUAGGACGCAUCAUUGGCAAGGCGAUUUAUGAUGGCCGUCUCCUGGACGCCUACUUUGCGAAGAGCAUAUACAGACAGCUCUUGGGAAAACCCGUGGACUAUCGGGACGUCGAGUGGGUUGAUCCCGCGUACUAUAACUCGUUGUGCUGGAUUCUGGAAAAUGAUCCAACACCCCUGGACUUGACAUUCAGCGUGGAAGCGGAUGAGGACGGCGGGGAGUCAAUACCUGUAACGCAGGAGAACAAGCGAGAGUUCGUACAGCUCUCUGCGAAUUUCCGACUAUACUCGUCAAUCAGCAAACAAAUCGAGAAUCUUGUGUCGGGCUUCCAGGAGAUCAUUCCGAACGAGCUUAUCACAAUCUUCAAUGAACAAGAGCUCGAGCUACUCAUCUCCGGCACUCCUGAUAUCGACGUAGACGAAUGGCGCGCAGCUACUGAGUACAGUGGCUACACAAGCUCUGACCCCGUGAUAGUUUGGUGGUGGAGAGCUUUGAAAUCCUUCAACCGAGAGGAGCGAGCCAAAGUUCUUAGUUUCGCUACUGGUACCUCGCGGGUACCGCUUGGUGGAUUCGUGGAUCUGCAAGGUGUUCAGGGCGUUCAGAGAUUCUCCAUUCAUCGCGCAUAUGGAGACCCAGAUCGAUUACCACAGGCCCAUACUUGCUUCAAUCAGAUCGACUUGCCCCAAUAUUCUUCGUAUGAGAUGUUGCGACAGCAAUUACUACUCGCCAUUAACGAGGGCGGGGAAGGAUUUGGAUUUGCAUGAUGCAGAGUAUCUUGAUGGAAAAUAGACCAUUUGAUAUUGAUCACCGACAUGUAGAAAUACGCAUUGUAUAUAUAAGCAUUCACAUAUUCCCCGGGACCCCAGCACUUUCGUUCUGUUGGCUCUUUGCUUAUUAUGUAAUUCAAGGUUUGCUUCCAUCUUGCGAGAACGUUGAACUGCCAGUACUAGUGGAGCAAUUGGCGACCUCGGAGCCGGCAAGUCCCACUGGCACGUGGGAGGACGUCGAGCUCCCGGUACAUCGGUUAUCCAAUUUACCGCGAUUUCAGGUUCUUACUUCUUAAGCUUAAUGACUUGAACUGUUACAGCUUUCUCAACCAUGCGAGCAUAUGUAGUGAACGAGUGGGUCCAUCCGUCUCAGCUCAAGCUUGUCGACGACGCGCCAGAGCCGGAAGCUACAGAGGACGAGAUAAUCGUGGAUGUAUACUCGUCAGCUUUGAAUUUCUUCGAUGUGA